CGCGGAGUCCUCCCUGAGUGCGCGCUUGGCUGCGCAGCCUGGAAGGACCCGGAUGUUGGGCUUUUAACCCUUGGCGGCUUGGAGGCCCAGGCGGCGGGCGGUUGAGGCCGGGGCUCCGGUGGAGGAGCCGAGGAACGAGGCGGUCCUCUCCUUCCUCAGCUCCAGGAGGAGAAAGAGGAGGAGGGCGUCAUGGCGGCCAACAUGUACCGAGUGGGAGAUUAUGUCUAUUUUGAAAAUUCUUCAAGCAAUCCAUAUUUGAUAAGACGGAUAGAAGAACUUAAUAAGACAGCCAAUGGCAAUGUGGAAGCAAAAGUGGUGUGUUUUUACAGACGUCGAGAUAUCUCCAAUAGCCUCAUCAUGCUUGCAGACAAACAUGCUAAGGAAGUUGAAGAAGAAUGUGAAAUUCCUAAAGAGGUAGACUUGACUGAUAAGCAGAAACAUCAGUUGAAACACAGGGAACUGUUUCUGUCUCGCCAGUAUGAGUCCCUUCCUGCAACACAUAUAAGGGGGAAAUGCAGUGUUGCACUUCUGAAUGAGACAGAAUCUGUAUUGUCAUAUCUUGCUAAAGAGGAUACUUUCUUCUAUUCACUGGUGUAUGAUCCAUCACUGAAAACACUUCUAGCAGACAAAGGAGAAAUUAGAGUGGGACCCAGGUAUCAAGCAGAUGUACCAGAUAUGCUCUCAGAAGGAGAAACAGAUGACCGUGAACAGGCAAAACUUGAAGUUAAAGUAUGGGAUCCAGAUAGCCACCUCACUGAUCACCAGAUUGACCAGUUUUUAGUAGUAGCACGUGCGGUUGGAACAUUUGCCCGGGCUCUCGACUGCAGUAGUUCAGUCAGGCAGCCUAGCUUACAUAUGAGUGCUGCUGCUGCUUCCCGUGACAUCACUCUGUUUCAUGCAAUGGAUACAUUGCAUAAGCAUAACUAUGAUCUGAGCAGUGCCAUUAGUGUCCUGGUUCCACUUGGAGGCCCUGUGCUGUGUAGAGAUGAAAUGGAAGAAUGGUCAGCUUCCGAGGCCAGUUUGUUUGAAGAAGCACUAGAGAAAUAUGGAAAAGAUUUCAAUGAUAUACGACAAGACUUUCUUCCUUGGAAAUCUCUGACUAGCAUCAUUGAAUAUUAUUACAUGUGGAAAACCACAGACAGAUACAUUCAGCAGAAACGUCUAAAAGCUGCUGAAGCAGAAAGCAAAUUGAAACAAGUUUACAUACCAACAUACAAUAAACCAAAUCCCAGUCAAAUAUCCAGCAGUAAUGGGAAACCAAGUACCAUGAAUGGAGCAGUUGGAGCACCUCAUCAGACCCAGAAUUCAUUAGUAGGCCGUGCCUGUGAAAGUUGCUAUGUUACACAGUCUCAUCAGUGGUAUUCUUGGGGUCCACCCAAUAUGCAGUGUAGAUUAUGUGCACCAUGUUGGAUUUAUUGGAAGAAAUACGGUGGCUUGAAAAUGCCAACUCUGACAAGUGAAGACAGAUAUUCUCCUAGUCAAACAGAGGAGCCAUGUGUCAGAACACACAUGUCUCGACAGGCAACACAAGGAAUACCUGUCCGGAACACUGGCAGUCCAAAAUCUGCUGUGAAGACACGCCAGUCUUUCUUCCUUCAUACUACAUACUUGACUAAACUCGCCCGCCAGGUCUGCAGAAAUACCCUACAGCUGAAACGAGCAGCGAGAAGACCUUUUGUCCUAAUUAACUGUGCUGCCAUUAGGGCAGAAUAUGCUGACAGACACUGUGAAUUUGUUGGAAAUCCACUGAAGAUUAAAAGCACUAGAAAAUCAUUAUCAUGCAUCAUUGGAUAUUUGGAGAUUCAUCCUUCAAUGAAACCUAAUAUAAUCAAGUCAACUCCAAGCCUUCAGAGUUCAAUGGCAAAGCGUUUGCUUGCUCCUCCUGGUCAUUCAUCCUUAAGUAUUUUGGGAAAGAGAAACUACAGCCACCAUCACAAUGGCCUUGAUGGACUCUCCAGUCAUACACAUGGAACUAAAAUGCAAGCUGCGCAUGAUUUCUAUGCCACUAAUGGUAAAACUUUACAAGUCGGCACAAGUGACCUUAUGCCAAGCGUUACACCGUUGCUCAAGAGGCAGAGACAAAACUGGCUCAAUGCUCCUGAUGAUGGUUUCUUUAUUGCUACAGAAGAGACCAGAAAACGUCGUAAGCAGUUUACCCGAUCACAACUGAAAAGAGCCUGUCGGACCCCAUGCACUUUAAUUCUGAGGAAGGUGAAGCCCCUUAUGACUCACAAAGAGACUCAAGAGAAUUUGAGCAAUCAUUCACAGCUGAAGCCACAACAGUGAAAUCUUAUUUUGCAGUUAUUUUUAAAGCAUCAUCCCCCUGGAAAGAAGCAAUUUCUGAAACUCAACAGAAUACCAUUCUUUCUGUGUCAAAGACAAUUUAGUGUUGGAUCUAAGGAGUGAAGUAUAGUGCUGGCCUUCCCCUUGGAAGCCAGAACUGCUUUGAGAUAAGGCAGCCAGGAUACAAGAUUUAUAUAGACCUUUCUAACUGCACUAAUAAUCACAGCUGGCACCUCAUUGAUGAGAACACAGAGAAUCAAUGCAGCCCAUUUUAAGGACAAAUUCAUACAACCUGUUAAACCAGCAUCUAUGAACUUUCUUCUGCCAAGACUAUCUCCAGAUGAAUCACAUAAAUAACAUUUCAUCAACAACAUAUUUAACCAUAGUGGUUUUGCCUUUAAAAGCUAUUGGGUACAUUGCACUGGCCCACUCCAAACACAGAGCUAUGUCUGUUGAAGCACAACCACCAGACUGCAUUGUCUUACCUUUAUUUUGGGGUGCCCUAAGGCAUACUGAAUUUCAGAAAUGCAGAGAAGCUAAACUGUUCCUUGAAGGCAAAGGAAGAUGGAAUGAGCCUAGAAAAUUCUGGAUGCAGGCCAAGACUGAGUGCAUUAGGUAUCCAAAUAUCAUCAGUAACCAACUCGGGAAGUGAUUUUUCUAUCAAAUGCUGUAAAGAAGUAAUAAUUCAGUGUGUUGGAUUUUAUGAAAGCAGCGGCUGGUCUGACAGUUCUUUUUUCUUU